GGCUGAACAGAGUGAUCAGAUCUUGUGUGUUGUUGUUUUCGACAAGACACUUCCAAUCGCAACAAUGCCGGAGGUUUUGGAUCUUUGCGACCAGGUUCCCAUCGCCUGCCACGCCUGGAAUGGGGACAGAACUCAAAUUGCUUUGUCACCCAAUUCUACUGAGGUGAACAUCUAUCAGAAGGUUGGAAAGACUUUCGAACUGAAGCAUGUUUUGAAGGGACACGGACAGCGUGUGCGUGGUGUGGAUUGGGCACCCAAGUCAAACCAGAUCGUCACCUGUGGAGAUGAUCGUAAUGCCUACGUGUGGACCCAGCAGGACGAUGGCACCUGGAAGCCAAUGUUGGUGUUGCUGCGUAUCAACCGUGCCGCUACCUGUGUCAAGUGGUCACCAAAUGAGAGUAAGUUUGCCGUCGGUUGUGGUGCCAGGCUCAUCUCCGUCUGCUACUUUGAGAAGGAGCAAAACUGGUGGGUGAGCAAGCAUAUCAAGAAGCCCAUCCAGUCCACUGUUCUGAGUCUGGACUGGCAUCCCAACAACUGCCUGCUUGUCGCUGGUUCGGCUGACUUCAAAUGCCGUGUUUACUCCGGAUACGUGAAGGAAAUCGAAGACAAGCCUACACCCACCUCAUGGGGCAAGAAGAUGCCUUUCGGUAACUUGAUGGCUGAGUUUGCUAAUGGCCGUGGCGGUUGGGUACACAGUGUUAGCUUCUCUCCCAACGGCGAGAAGGUCUGCUGGGUGGGACACAACUCCAGCAUCACUGUUGCCGACUCCGCCAGCGACAACCAGAUCACCGUGGUGGAGGGCAACCAUCUUCCCUUGUUGAGUGUCACCUUCCUCUCUGACAAAAGUAUCCUCGCUGCCGGACACGACUGUUCACCAAUGCUGUUUGAUGUCAGCGGUACAGACAUCAAGUUCAAGAAGCGCCUUGACGAAGCUGGCCCCAAGAAGGCUGCUGGUGGAGUCAGUGCUAUGGACAAGUUCAGGAACAUGGAUGCCAAGGGUACCGACAGCAAGACCCAGGGAACCGUUCUCACUACCACUCACCAGAACGCCAUUAGCGCCAUUGUUAUCCACACUGGAGACAAGGCCAGCGGAGUGAAGAAGAUCUCAACAUCCGGCAACGAUGGUCUCUUGGUCACGUGGGAUGUCUAAAAACAAACCACCACCAGUAGUGUAGUGACUGUUGUUUAGUUACACCACCGGUACAGCAACUAUGUCAAGACGUCAUCAGUUGCAGAGCUGGCUCUGACGCACCACGGCUUGUCAACCUUCCAUUGCAUGAAAUCUGUUUCCUUUUUUUAAUUAUUUCUCCAUCAAUGAACAAAAAAUAUUUAAUUAACGCUCCAACAGAGAUUCGUGCCAUAGUAUUUUGUGUACUAUGCUGUGUACUGUC